AUGGCUUACGUUUGCGAAUAUUGUGGUGUAUCAUUUAGCCGUAAUUAUAGUAUGUUGCGUCAUAAGAGGGAAUCGUGCAUGUCACGAUUUAUUCCUGAAGAGGUUGGAGGAAAGCGACCUAGAUUCGUUGGUGCGGUAUCCAUGAAAACGUGUGCGUUAUGCGAUGUUACAGUACCUGCAAAUUUUAUGGCGGCGCAUCAGAGGACGGCACAACAUAGAAAUAAUUCAUGUAUACCAUUAUGUGAUGGUGUAGAACGUGUGGACAGCGCUUUCAGAAAUAGGAUUGCAACAUACCGUAUAAGCAGCGAUACUGACCACAUUGACUUUACAGUAUUUUUUAACGAGAUUAUUGUGAAAGUGUUGAAUGUGUUGGAGCAGGCGUUGGGGUUACAUGGUGCAAUUAAAGUGAAUAUGGUUGUGGCUGGACUAUAUUAUCACCCAACACAAGAUGUGCAUUCAGAAAAAUCAUUCAAUACCUCCAACAAAAUUAUAGCUGUUGGAAGUGAUCUGAAUGAAGUUUAUCAAUCAUUUGUUGAAGUAAUGAAAACAAAAUCGACAGAGUUCCAGGAGAAAGAUUCAGGUAUGUAA